GAAAAAAAUUAGUAACGCCAAUAAAAGCACUCGCUAUUUACAAUCAGUCAAAAUUUGCGAAAACCCUGUUUCUGUUAUCAUUUUCCAUCUGCCCAAAAUCAAAUCUCGUCAAUUCCGAUUCUUAUCUUAAUCCUUCUUCCAGAUCGUUCAAGUUUCAACCCGCGGAUCCAUCGCACAAGCAUCAAUCGUGAAAUUGUUAAACCAAAUUGAGAUCGGGGAUUCACAGCGCAUUAGAGGGAGGGGCUCACAUACGCAUGUUAUAGGAGCAGAAACCACACAGAUAUCAGUAUUCUGCAAUUCAGUUGCAUUUACAUUGGUGCCCUGUUAAGUAGAGGUUUGUGGUCCUUCCGAUAUUUUUACCUGACUCACAUAAGAUCAGGUGUGAGCUCGUGAAAUAAAGAUGGUGAAGUUGACUAUGAUUGCUCGUGUUACUGAUGGCCUUCCUCUAGCAGAAGGACUGGAUGAUGGUCGUGACGUGCCAGAUUCUGACUUUUACAAACAGCAAGUUAAGUCUUUGUUCAAAAACCUCUCAAGGGGCCAAAAUGAGCCUUCACGGAUGUCGAUUGAAACAGGGCCAUAUAUAUUCCAUUAUAUUAUUGAAGGACGUGUCUGCUAUUUGACAAUGUGUGAUCGCUCUUACCCCAAGAAGCUUUCGUUUCAAUAUCUGGAAGACCUCAAGAAUGAAUUUGAGCGUGCAUAUGGGAAUCAAAUUGAAACUGCUGCAAGACCUUAUGCUUUCAUCAAAUUUGAUACAUUCAUACAGAAGACAAAGAAAUUGUACCAGGAUACAAGAACUCAGCGGAAUAUUGCAAAAUUGAAUGAUGAACUUUAUGAAGUUCACCAGAUAAUGACUCGUAAUGUACAGGAAGUUCUUGGUGUUGGUGAAAAGUUGGACCAGGUCAGUCAGAUGUCCAGUCGAUUGACAUCUGAAUCCCGCAUAUACGCUGAUAAGGCAAAAGAUUUGAACCGCCAGGCUUUGAUUCGGAAAUGGGCUCCUGUUGCUGUCGUCCUAGGAGUUGUCUUCCUCCUCUUCUGGGUCAGAAAGAAGUUCUGGUGAUGCUGCAGCCAUUUGUAGUGGACGAGUUCUUUCAGUCUUGCUAACUUCUUUGCUGCUCCUCGGUUCACAACUGUAUUUCAUCUUCAGAGAUCAAGAUCUGAUUAAAGGACUUCUUCUUCAAUUUUUUUUUUUUUUUGGCACUUAAGGCCCUGUUGGAAAAUAGAGAUAUUUGAUUAAGAGAUAAUUCGAUAUUAACAUGUCGUAUAAACCUGGUUGCAUCAUCUUCCUUUACAUAUCUCUAUCUACAUAUACAUCUAGUUACUCGGUA